UUGUAUCAUUAUUAGACGAAUACUGCUACCGUGGGGAUGAACUUAUAUGAUACUUAAAGAGAACAUAAGAUUCGAUUUAUUUCGUUCAAUUUUAAUUGUUGGACCCCCCUUCCCAUUCCCCCCACAACAGGUCAAGUAAACGGUGUGAUUUAUUUAUUUUUACCAGUUUAAAUCAACAAUUCUUUAGGAUCCUGUUGCUUUAAUUUCUUUGUGUGGAGAUUCACAUAUCGAAACAAAAGUGGAUUUAACAGAAGCCGCGUUGACCAACACCACUCCAAGAUGCUCUUGGUGUCCCAGCGGCUAGACGCACCUCGCAUGGAGCCACUACUGCCUGGGUCGUUGAAGAGGAAGCUGGCUGCGGCUGAGAACUCUGGAGUGGUGAACGGGAUGUCAGACGGCCCCACGAUGCAGGGAAACGGCAAGCGACUAUGCCUGGAGGACGUCACUCUGGCCAUGGGCUUCCAGCACCCCGCGUACUCCUCGGGGCCUGGGGUGGGAGGUCACAGCGUGGGUAUGGAGGGUAAUGGACUGAGUAACAAUGGCCUGGGCUCCCCAUAUGCCAUGCCCCCCAAAGUCAGCCCUGGCUCAGCUGCGGGAGGUGGAGGCGCUGCACACGGGGGCAUGCUGCCCUCCUUCAACCCCAACGGGAACAGCUCGGCUCCCUCCGUGGAGCAGGAGCUGCAGAACAUUCUGGAUGAGCUCACCAAGAACCCCGACCCCUCGCUCCCCGAGCUGGACAUCGAGAAGAUCCUGGGGAACAAGGGCGACGAGCAGACGGGCGCGGUGGGGGGCUUCAUGCACCCCGAGGGCAGCGGCACCCCCAAGCGCUCCCCGCAGAGGCCCUCUCACCUGGAGAGCCACCUCACCCGCUCCCCAGGCUUCACGCAGGCCGCGGCCGCCGGCUCCCCGCAGGUAGGCCCCAGCCCGCCCUACUCGCUCCCCCACCCAGCGAAGCCCGUGCCCUCGCCCCUGUCGGCCUCCCCCCUGUCAUCCUCGGCCCAGACGCAGAGCCAGGCGCGCUCGCCCAUGCUGUCCGCAGCUCUGUCCAACCGGCCAGCCGCUGCCUGGCACGAGGUUUCCCGCGCCCAGCAGCUGCAGCAGAUGGCCUCCAACAGCAAGCACCUGUCCUCCAGCGCGGCGCCACCCCCACCCCAGGCCUCACCGUGGGCCGGCCCCUCCCCGCCCUACCGGCCCAACGAGAAGCUGCCCAGCUCGUCUCCCCACCAGCAGCCCUUCAGCCCAGCCGGCAGCAUCCAGAGCCCCCAGAGCUCGCUCAUCUCCGGCAUGGCCCCCGCCCCGUCCGCUGGGCCCUCGCCGCCCUACCGGCCCGAGAAGCUGGCCAGCCCCGCCCUGGCCCAGCCCCCCUUCAGCCCCCAGAGCGCCCUGCUCACCAGCAACGCGGCCCCCAGCGCCUCCGCCCAGAGCUCCCAGGCCGGCUUCCUGCCCAACAUGCCGCCCUCGUCGGGGGGCACGCGGCCCUCUCCCCCCUACAGGACGGACAAACACUCCAGUCCCACAAUGCAACAGCAGCCGCCGCAGCAACAGGCCCCGCCGACGCACUCCUUCAGCUCGCAGAACGGCUCGGGCAACAUGGCCAGCCAACUGUUCAAAGCCAUGACCUCCAGUCAGCCCAGUGGCCUGAAGCUGCUCAGGCAGCAACAACAACAGCAACAGCAACAACAACAACAGCAGCAACAGCAGCAGCAACAACAGCAGCAACAGCCAGCUGCACAGCCUCAGUCCCAGGGGCAGCAGCCCCCGGUGGUCAUCUGCCAGGUGGUCAGCAAGGCCAGCACGGGCCAGGACCCCUACUCCUUCAACAACACCAAGCCGCUCCGCCACUUCGACCCCGAGCCGCCCACUCAGAAACUGGGGCCCUUGGUCCCGGGGCCGGGGUCUUUGGGGCACUACCCUGGCCCUAACAUGCAGCAGGCCCCCCCGGGGCCAGGAGCGGGGCACUCGCAGCUUCUGCAGCAGCAGCAGGAGAUGCAGCAGCGCAUGCAGAGGAGCAUGCAGGCGGGCGGGAUGGCCCCGCACAGCCGAGCGGACCAGAGCCCCGGGAUGGUGCCUCGGCUCCAGGACCCCUCCGCCGUGCCUCGGCCUGGCCAGAGCAACUACAACAUGCUGCUGGAGAACCAGCUGAUUAGGAAACAGAUCCAACAGGAGAAGCAGAGGCAGAUGGAGCAAAUGAAUGGAGGCCAGAUGUCAGACUGCCAGCAGGUGGCGCCAUUUCAAGGUGUCGGCCGUCCCCUCCCCUCAGAGUGCGGAUUCCCCAUGGGGACGCCCCCAGCCAACCCCUCCAUGCUGUCCCACAACCCCAUGCUGUCCAGUCGGAUGGGCCUGCCUCCGGGGCCCCUCCACCAGCCAGGCCGCGGCGGCGGAGCCUUCAUGGGCAACGCCGGCCCCAAGCAGGCCCUCUAUCACCCUCCCCAAGAGUUCGGUAUGCCCCUCCAGUCAGGCCAGAGCAUGAUGGGAAUGGGCGUACCUUCUCGACAGCCCACGCAUCACAGCCAGGCGCCAGCCCGGUCGGGAAUGCCGGGCCCUUCCUUCCCCGGCGGGUCCUUACAGCCUCAGCACCUUCGGCAUGCCCUUCACCAGGGCGGCGCCGUCCCGCGUAUGGUGUUCAACCCCCAGCAGCCAUCACAGCCUCAGUCUCAGCUGUGGCAGCAGCAGCAGCAGCAGCAGCAGCAGGGGCUCAUGCGCAUGGGCUGCAACACGCACAUGGACCCCGGGCUCCACCAGCAUGCCUUCCCGGGCAGGGGGGCGGGUGGGGGGCCCCCUCAGUUCUCCCAGCAGCCCCUGCGCUCCGGCAUGCCCGCCAACUUCCCCCCCCACCAGACUGGGGCUCCUCUCCCGAACCAGGUGGCCCCCAACCUGCCCGGCAGGCACAUGCAGAAGCUGCCCCCAGGGCACCCCCUCCCCUCGAUGGCCCAGCAAGGCUUGAGGCCCCGGGGCCCCUUGUCGGCCAUGGCUGUGAUGAAACCAGCGCCCCUGGGGAUGGUGCCGCCCACCCACGGGAUGGCUCCGCCCAGCUACUCCUCCUCCAGCAAGCACCCUCUAGGCAUGGGCUAUGGCAGCGGCAACCCAGGACAUAAACUGGCCCCGUGCGAGUGUGCCCAGCACCAGAGCAACGGGGGGGUGCCUGGAGUGCCGGGCGGAGGUGGGGGCGGUGGGGGAGGCGAGGUGGACUUCAUAGAAACACUGGUGGGCUCCAACGAGGACUGGCUGAACAAUCUCACCAUGAUUGAUGAGUACCUGGAACAGAACUCAUAGUAGGGCCUCCUGAGCGGCUUGGCCUGGGACGCUUUCCAGGGACAGGGCUGCGUUUCGGGAAUGUUCAGAGCCAUACACGACAGGACGUUGUGUGAACUUGGUGAGGAGCGAUGCACUGCAAAGGCCCCCAGUCUGAAACUUUACCCUCAGGCCACUCCCUCGCUCCGUUGGUCACUCCAGGGUGGGGAACGUGGUCACGCUCGCAGACGGGCAGACGGACAGACGGACGUGCUCCAGUAGUUGUUCCUCUGGAUGCUGUGGCCACACCCCAAGAAGCCAUCAAGACAAAGCUCCUUGUCCGGUUAUGUCUGCCAGGUGUGUUGAGCAGGAAGUGUAGCAGGUCUCCGAGGUAUCUGGCCCAGAGGGAACGCUCACUCUUCAUGCCACCAAGGGUUCAGUGUAGACGCUGUGAUCGGCGGUGAUGAAGAGCACAAUCUCCAGCAGUACAAACAGCUUAGUGCUGUAUCUGAUUCAUGCAGAUGUAGACAUAGUCCUGAUGCAAUUCACAGGCAACACCGAUUCCCAUGGCCUCCUUUGUUUCCCAGCAAAUCAGAUUAAAUAACCAAAGGAGGUCUAAUUAAUCACUUUGGGCAGACCAGGCACGUGUUACACUUCAGUGUAUUGCCACAAAAUCGUUUUAAACAUCAAACAUGUUAUUAUGAAUGGAUGCCAUAUUUGACAUUUGUUGUGACUGAAGGUCUUACACCAUUUUAGUUUGUUCCCAAGCCAAAAUAGACACAAGAUGUAAUCUCAGUAAAGGAUGUACUGAAUGAGGUUUGAUACUCUGUGCUUCUUAACUGUACAAUGUUGUGAACUCCUGUGUUUGGUAUGGUCUUUUCUCUUCUGCUUAUUCGUCAGUGGAAAUCUUCCUGCUGAACUGACAACAGAUGAAAAUUGGCUGAUGUAUGUUUGUCACCUCAAAGGUGAUGGUACUGUGGUUCAGAUUGACCAGGGUCCCACAAUCUCACCUGUCACCUCAACUGGUGGCCCAGUAUGAUCCUGAGUGAGCUGCUUUGCUCUUCAUACCGUAUCCUCUCAACUGUGAUUGGCUAGGGUUCCCAUGAGAAGCUACUGCCAAUCAUGUCUGAAAACAGAAGUGAGGAACAUGAGAAAGGCAGGCACCUGUAUUCUGGAAAACUGCCGGUGCACAAAGGGGACCGCAUUAAUGGUCCUGUCAGUUCUGUAACUGUUUAGACUCAUGUUUUUUUAUUGUGAGUGGAGGGAAGUUGGUCUACAAGGGGCUUGUACAUAAUAAACUAUUUUGUAAAUUAUGUUUUCCUAAUCUAUAACAUAUUAAAAAGGAGAAGUACACAUAUUUAUACUUCUUUUUGUGCAAAUGAAUUCUGAAGGUUUCUUUGUAAAUAGAAAUGAAAGUAAAAACAAACAAAAAAAACAGUGGUGUAAAAAAAGCAUUGAUAUUAUAGCUUACAUUGAAAUCUGUUUUACAAUAGAAGAAUCCUUUAUUUUAAUUUGUUUUGAAAAUGCAGACAAUACAGUUAGUUUUUCAGUAAUACUGUGUAUUACAAUGUUGGAAUAUUUGUUAUGUUUUUGACAUAACACUGCUCCUGGUACUCUGGUUUGGCCCAGGGUUCUAGAAAGUGAUGGAAAGAUUCUGGAGAUAGCAGGCCCAAACUCUGCACCCAACACUCUGAACUAGUUUGAGGUCCAGGAUCACCUGGAUUCACCUAUUAAAGUUGUCUUUUGUCUUCACCCUUGACCCCCAAACUCCACACACACCACUGGCUGGGUGUCUCAAGCCUACCAGCAAGACCCUUAUGUUUAAAGAAAAACACACUACACCCAUACUGAGGAAUGACUGAUGAAGCAUUUCACAGACAUGGAUACCACCGGUCUCUUAUUACUUUGAAGAAGACACAGAAAGGUACCUCAUAUGGACUAUUAUAUUUUUUUUGCAAAACUGCAAAAUACCUGGAUUAGAGACACAGGUCUGUGGCUGUGGUGGGAUACCUUGGGAACAUUCAGCAGCCAAGGAAGGGUACCGGACGGUAUAUUUCCUAACAAGGGACACUACUGAAACAUGGGGUCAGGGAUUUUCAGCUUAGGGUGAACUGCAAGUGUUGAUAUUUCUACAACCCUCUGCACACUGCCUCCAUUGUACAAUACUGAGGUAACAUGAGUAAGUACUGUACGUCAAUUUAAAUGAGCACCUGCGUUCCAUAUUUUAUCUCGCACGAGGCGUGUAAUUGUCACUCAAAACUACGGAUUUUUUGUUGAAAGUGAUUUGAAUUUCAGAGGCUGAAUGAAAGAAACAAUGGAUGCAGCGUGCCAGAACUUAACGUUAGCUGACUGUUCUAGAAAAGAUCCCGCCAUACCCUGUUCCCACAAUCCUUUUGUGCAGUUCACCCUAACUCUGGGUGUCCCUUCUCUUUUGGUUCUGUAACCAAGGAGAUUAUUAUAAGCCAUUACAGUUUGUGAAUAUCUGUGAUUUAUUUUAUUUUUGUCUUGAUAUUUUUUAGAUUUUAAAAAAUAAAACUGUAUAAAUGGAUGAAA